GGAAGAAAUUCACAGAGAUGAACCCAGGUGUUCUUCAUACCCAUUGAACACCAAAACCUGCUUACAAAAACCCAUUUAAUUUCUUCAAAGAAAACCCAGUUAUGGCGGGUUCAGGAUCAACGGAUAGAGGCAAGGAAGCAAUCGGAAUGAUGGCUCUUCACGAAACUCUCAGAAACCUCUGUAUCAAUUCCGAUUGGACGUAUUCCGUCUUCUGGACCAUUCGUCCUCGCCCGCGACUUCGAGGUGGUAAUGGUUGUAAAGUUGGAGAUGAUAAUGGUAGCUUGAUGUUGAUGUGGGAAGAUGGGUUUUGCAGAGGAAGAGUUGAUGAAAUGGAAUCAGGUGAAGAUCAAGUUAAGAAAUCAUUCAGCAAAAUGUCGAUUCAGCUUUAUAAUUAUGGAGAAGGAUUGAUGGGGAAAGUUGCUUCAGAUAAAUGUCAUAAAUGGGUGUUCAAAGAGCCUUCAGAAUCUGAACAGAAUAUAUCUAAUUAUUGGCAAAGUUCUUUUGAUGCUAUUCCUCCAGAAUGGACUGAACAGUUUGAUUCAGGGAUUCAGACUAUAGCUGUCAUUCAAGCUGGCCAUGGCCUUUUACAACUUGGUUCAUGCAAGAUUAUACCCGAAGACCUUCAUUUUGUGCUUAGAAUGAGGCAUACCUUCGAGUCGCUUGGCUAUCAAUCGGGUUUUUAUCUUUCCCAACUAUUUGCAUCAACUAGGGGCAACAUUCCGUCACCUUCUUCCUCUGCGAUCCCGCUAAAGCAACCUCCGAUCCCGACCCGUCCGCCACCCCUCUUCAAUUGGGCCCCACCUAGAACGAUGCCAUCACCCAACUUCCACAACCCGGCCCAACUCGGAUACCCACCGGGCCCAUCAAAAGACGAAACCCACAUGUUCCUCCUCCCGCACUCCUCCGAACCCCAAAUGGAAAACAUGAUGGGUGGUCCGGACCACCAUGUCCAAAACGACAUCAAAUGGCCCAACGGGCUGAGCUUCUUCAACGCCCUCACCGCUAGAAGUGACGAUGCGAAGAUCCUGUUCAAUUCCGACGGGCUCGGGAACAAGCCCGAGGGGUGGCACCCGAGCCCGGAAAUGAAGAACCCGAAUGAUUUCUUGAGCUUGGAUAAUACAAACUCGGAUCAUGGCGUCGGGAAAGUGGAUCAUAACAAGUAUAAGAGGAGCUUCACGUUGCCGGAGAGAAUGGCGACUUCUUCAUCAUCAUCUUCAUCACUUGAUCACCAUAAACACAAUCAGAACGGAGAAUACCGGAAUCCGGAGGCGUCGAUGUACUCCGACGUUAUGGAAACUUUCUUGGAGUGAUUAUGAGAUGAAGGGUAUUUAUGUAUUAGAAAGAUAGUAUGCAUGUCUUUGCAUUUUCAUAGUUUCUGAGUUGUUCACUUUCUACUUCUUAACAUAAUCUAUG